UUGUUUUUUUGAUAUUCCUGGUACAGGCCCUGCCUGGCCGUAUCCCACAAAUCCUGGAAAUCAGACGUAAUAUAAAACCUUUCAGUCUUUUUUCGCAAAUCAACAAUAUACAAUGCGGCACAGAAUAGCGGGGUAUCUUGCUCGCAUGAUAAGUGGCGUUAUAAGGCUGCUAAUUGGACUAUACGAUGAGAGUACAUGAGGUAAAGUCAAUAUCUGGAAUAACUGCUUCGACACAACUUUAUCUCUUUUCAUUUAAGCAUACGAAAGUAGACCUUUGACCAAUCUUCUACGUGUAAGUAAGAUUUGAACUGCAAAACAACAUGGCGAUACAAAUCUUACUUUUAGCCUCGUUUAUCACUUACGGAGUUGUGCUACUCACUUAUCGAUUCUUUUUCCACCCACUCGCACAUAUUCCCGGACCUCCACUUGCCAUUGCAACCUAUCUAUACGAGUGGUAUUAUGAUUUGUAUCUCAGCGGUCAAUAUACUUUUCAAAUCAAAAAGCUACACAAGCAAUAUGGUAUAAUUAUGGCGACUACUAUAAGUAUCUACUGCGACAAUACUGAUGUGCUUCAUUAGGCCCUGUUAUUAGAAUUAAUCCCAAUGAAGUCCAUAUCGACGAUCCCGAUUUUUUUGAAGAGAUGUUCAGUCAGUCAAAUGGCCGAGCACAGAAACCCCUUAACGUUGCUGAAGCAUUUGGUCCAUAUCCUGCGGUAUACCACCUAGCUAUAUACAUGUGAAUUAUGGCUCUGAUUCUCAAAAGACUAUAGGAACGCAAGAUCAUGAUCACCAUCGCAUGAGACGAGCCGCUCUCAACCCCUUCUUCUCCAAGAAAUCAAUCAAUGACCUUGUUUCCAGAAUACAACGCCCUAUUCUCAUACUUUGCGACCGACUUGAGAAAGCAACUAAAUCUAGAGAAAUACUUAACAUGAAGUAUUUCUAUGCUGCUGUGACACUAGAUAUCAUUAAUGACUACUGCUUUUCGAGAGAACCGGACAAUGUCUUAAGACCAGACUUUGGACGCAAGUCGUUUGACGACGUUGAUAAGUUUUUGAAUAUUAGUCUAUUGGUAUGUGAAUUCGUAAUGAAUUGACGCGGAUUCUGACAAGAAAGAACAUUCAUGUACCUUACUUGAUGCGAUUUAGUUAUUCACUUCCGGUAUCUCUGUCCCUAACGAUUGUUUACAUCAAAAGUGCUAACGACUUUAGGAUAAUAUCAACAAAAUUAUGGCUCCUGCCAUGGCAGAUAUCCUUGAUUUCCGCAAGGUAAAUAAUGAAGCCUUAUUCAAAUUAGUCGCAUUUAACAUUGAACAGGAUCUCUCCAGACAGGUGGAAGCCAUUCGAGAUGAACAUGGAAAAUCUCAAAUAGGAAAAGGUGUCGAUAAAACUGUCUUUCAUGAGCUUCUAGAAAGCAAGUUGCCACCAAAAGAGCUGGAGAGAGACAGACUACGUGAUGAAGCUUUCAGUCUGGUCACAGCGGGCUCCGGUACAACGUGAGUAAUCUACGCUCCGCAAACGAUUUAGUAUUAAACAUCCUCAGAGCAUAUGUCCUAAGAGGCACCUCAUACCACAUCUCAUCCAAUCCUAGGAUCGCCCAACUCCUUCACGAGGAGCUCAAAUCAGCCAUUACUGACCCAUCAAAACCCCUUUCACUACCAGAGCUAGAAAAACUCCCGUAUUUGACAGCUGUCAUCCAGGAGGGCCUUCGCCUUGUUGACCCAGUUACCCAUCGUAUUGGGCGACAAUAUCCGGAAAAAACCUUCGAAUGCCACGGUAAAACAAUUCCAGCCGGGACAACAAUGAACAUGACAGCCUUACUCACCCAUCAGAAUGAAAAGAUCUUCCCUGAACCCGAGGUCUUCAAACCAGAGAGAUGGCUAGAAACUGAGAGCAAACGACUUGAGCACUACCUUGUCACCUUUAAUCGCGGAACUAGAUCUUGUCUAGGUAUCAAUCUUGCUCGUGCAGAGCUUUAUUUAAUCUUAGCCUCUGUCUACAGACGAUUCGACUUCGAUGUCUCACAAGUUAUUCGAGCGCGGGAUAUAGACGUUAGCCGAGACUACAUUUUAGGCGCCCAGGCGAGAGACACCCCUGGUAUAUUGGUUAAAGUGAGAAAAGUAGAUUGAUGCGUGGUACAGUCUAUGGCCUUCUUUAAUCUAGAAGAAACAUCACAAUAAAAUCCAUCUAACAUGCAUAUGCAU